GACAUUAGUAUUUUAUUUAUCCGCAUCAAAUUUGUCGGCUAUUGUAAUGACAGUCAAUUACUAUAAGAAUUUUGCUAAUUAAAAUUGGUUUGCAAUAAAACUAACUUUAUAUUGUUGCUAAAUGUGAUUGUAGUAUAUGAAACACAAGUGUUUUCAAUAAAAUUCUCGAAAAUAUGUUAUUCGUUCGUAUAAAAUGAAGCUUAACUUUCACACUUUACGUUACGAUUUCGCACUUGUAUUAAUUAUAUUUACUGAGACAAAUAAACAUUAAAAAUGAGGUGCUGUGUUCCUGAUUGCAAGAAUGAUUCGCGACACAUAUCUAAAUCUCAAGGAAUUACAUUUCAUGCAUUUCCUACUGAGCCUGCGCUACGCACAGCAUGGCUCAAAGCUCUCGGUAAAGAGGCCUGGGAGCCUAGAGACAGGAGUGCAGUGUGUUCCGAACAUUUCCUUUGCGAAGAUCUGUAUGAAACUAACAGCGGGCUGAGAAAGGUCAGGAUGGGAGCGGUGCCUUUGAUUGUACAGGAUUCUAAUAUAUGUGAUGCCUACGGGGAGUCUGUUAGCUUGAAGGUAUGCACAGAAGAUAGAUUACCGCAGAAGUUGUGCACGGAAUGUGUGCAAAGAUUAAUAAAUUGUAAUAAGUUUCGGCUAAAAAGUCUAAGAGCUAAUUCUCUGCUACUAGAAGUCAUCAAGAAACAGAAUUUCCUUACAGAAGAAAAUAUUCAAACUAUAAACAGAUACAAUAAUCAAUUAACAAGUAGUUUGGUAAAAAAAAGUUUGGUACCAAAUAAUUUCGAUUAUUACAUGGAAUAUACGGAACCAGAAACAAUAAUAGACGAGAAACAAUGCGACAUAGAAAUAAAAGAGGAAAACGAAAUAUUUCUAACUGAAGUUUUAAAUGAAAAACAGGAUCUGAACGAACAAAAUAAUAUAGAUUGUGACCAAAAAGAGUUCUCCGAAAAAGAAUUCUCUUUGGACAAUGACAAUUAUUCCACAGACGAUAAUUUACCACUAGAAAUAUGUAAAAUGAAAAAGUCUAAAAAGAGAAAGAUAAAAGAUAAGAAACCUCCGAAAGAAGUUAAAAAAGUUAAAAAGGUUAAGGAGCAGAUUGAGCCGAAAAUCGACAGGAGACGAAAACCUUUUUUGAACGAUGAUCUCAACGAAACUCUUUUCACGAUAACUGAUUUGUCUUUUGAAGAGCAGAUUGCUGAAAUAGCCAAAAGGCGGGAAAGUUCGAAUUAUAAGAAUUCCGUUUUUAAAUGUACUGAUUGUUUUAAAGGAUUUCUGGACGAGGAUGCGUAUAAUAGCCAUAUUACCAGACAUACUGAUGCGAAAGAUGCAGAAGUUGUUCUUGGUGACAUGUUAAGAGUUCUGCAACAAUAUUUUGUCAGGAAAGCGCCUCAAGAUAAAACCGCUAAAAUCCCGUCUGCUAAGGAGCAGAAACAAAAUGGAAACCAUAACAUAGCCUGGUCGUAUUACGAUGAUUUGGGUAAAUAA